AUGGCUGGUCCGCUGCCGGCCAUUCCACGUACUCAAUCACCUUCACCGGAUGCCGUGGAAGCGUGGAACGCGGUCGCUGCGGUUCAACGCGAGGCGGAUGAUCAUGCCGCUACGCUUGCGUCCUCUCGUAGGCACAAAGCACGGGUGAUGCCCGCACCGAGGUUGGGCUGCCCACAACCAGUUGCAUCCGGUAUGGUCGUUGAAGUUGCUAAGUUACUGCAGCCGACAUCACCCUGCGUGCGGCUGACGAGUGAGGAGGUUUCAGAGCGCAAUCGCCAAAAAAGACAGAACGGCAUCGCUAUCACGACGUGGAGGCGACGGACAUCGUCGACACCAGUACUACCAGCGAAUGGUGAAACAUUUUCGAUCUGGAUUGAACAAUAUUCCUCUCAGUUGGUAUCACUGAUCACUUCGCUACCGUACCCACUCAUGGAGCUUUACACAUGGGGACGAUCAGAGCUGUUUAAAUUUGGUCAAUCCAUUUGCUGCAGUUCUCAGCUUGCGCUGAUCGACCAUCAUUCGAUGGACCAGAACUUAGAAGUUCGUCUCCGCUCUAUGUGUCAGCGGCGUGCUAUCGCAAUUCGCUCUCUGGGAAUAAUUGCUUGCCGCUGGAAAUUAACAAAUUCAGAGGAGUAG